UAGCAAACUCGAAUAUAUUUCGUCACGUAUCUUUAAUAAAGAUUUAAAUAAAAAAAUACAAUGCAUAUGCAUUCACUCAUACCGACUACUCAUGGCAUCAAUCACACGUUUAUGUUUUUUUUACCAUUUUUGAUAUUUUAGCACCAUGCAUUUGAUUUCAUAAGUUAUAUAUAUGUGCGUAUAAAUACAUAUCACAAUAUCACAUGUUGAAAGGAAAUGCCCGUUGGGAACUGGAGUCCUGGUGGCUGCAGGGAUGUCCGUCUUCAGGAUGCAGAUGGAGGUGAUCGAGGACGAGGGUGAGGAUAAGGACGAAGACCGGGUUGAGGACGAGGUUGAGGAGGGCGGGGUUAGGGUUGAGGAUGACGAUGAUCAUUGGGACGAAUAUCUGGAUGAGGACGAGGUUGAGGAGGACGGGGUUGGGGUUGAGGACGAGGAUGAGGAUAAGGACGAAGACCGGGUUGAGGACGAGGUUGAGGAGGACGGGGUUAGGGUUGAGGAUGACGAUGAUGAGUGGGACGAAUAUCUGGAUGAGGACGAGGUUGAGGAGGACGGGGUUGGGGUUGAGGACGAGGGUGAGGAUAAGGACGAAGACCGGGUUGAGGACGAGGUUGAGGAGGACGGGGUUAGGGUUGAGGAUGACGGUGAUGAUUGGGACGAAUACCUGGAUGAGGACGAGGUUGAGGAGGACGGGGUUGGGGUUGAGUACGAGGAUGAGGAUAAGGACGAAGACCGGAUUGAGGACGGGGUUAGGGUUGAGGAUGACGAUGAUGAUUGGGACGAAUACCUGGACGAGGACGAGGUUGAGGAGGACGGGGUUGGGGUUGAGGAGGACGGUGAUGAUUGGGACGAGGACCUGGAUAGGACGAGGUAUGGGAUGAGGAGGAGGAGGCCGGAGUUAGGGAUGAGGACGAGGACGAGGUCGAUGAUAAGGAUCAGCUGGAGGACGAGGAGGACGUAGUCAAAUGAGAAAGACCCUUAUUUGCGGUAAGAAUAGGAUUGCAGGAAUCGGGUAAAUAGGACUUGGGUCGGAGGAUAACUUGCUGUAGUUAAGGAUCUCGAGGUUUCUUCUUGGAUGAUAGAGGAUCCUCGGAUUUGGUGGUGAGGUUCUGGUUAAGUCUGAGGAUGAGGAUGGACAACUUCGCAAGAUCGGAUCAAGUUGACUGUAGGAUAAAGGACUGGAUAAUUGGCAGGAUUGCAGGGAAUGUUAAGGGUCCUUGCUGGAACUUGGAUAAAGCGUAGUGAACUGAUGGUAGUUCACUCUGUUAGUUUGGGAAUCACAGGAUAAGGAUGGGUGGGGAUACGGGCGUGAAUACUCAAAGGGGCGUGGGAAUUGAGGUCGUAGGAUGCAGGAUACUGGGAUUUCAGUAUAGGAUUCGAGGCUUGGCUAUAUGGAGGGAUAAGGAUGAGACGACAGGAUGCCUUUUAGGGAUGUGAGAAUGAAGGCCUUGAACAUUCUCAGUUCCAGAAAAGGUUUCAGGCCAAGGAUAUUUUGGAAAGGACUGGGACGUUUGGAUGUCUUCCGGGAUGCGUGAGGAUCAUAGGCUUGAGGAGUUACAAUCGUAGGAUGGGAUGGGAGGAUACGGUGAGGACGUUCUUCAGGAUGGGGUGGGUUGGUUAUAGCCGAGGAUGCAGGGCAGGGGGAUGUGAAGGAUAAGGACGAAGGACUUGUAGCAUGAUUGACCUACAUAUGAAACGUCCAAAAUAUCUCUUUUGGACGUAGUUAUCGUGAGAUAUUUCCUCAGUAAGAGAAAUGCUCAGGGUAAUGAUAUUAGUACUGAUGAUGCCAUAGCUGGGAACAGGGCAGGGAAUAGG